AUGAUCGCACAAAUCUUGCUGUCAUUGGUUGCCAACUUUGCACUACUUGUAUUUAUUGUGAGCUGCGGAGGAAAAAAGAAGAAAACAUCAUCAGUGGGUGGAGCUGCAGAUGGUGGGGGAGCUGGUGGAGCAGGUGCGAACGAUGAAAAGAAGACGGCUUCGAAAUCGGAGAAACCUCCCGUGGAAAAGAAAGAGGAUGAUGGAAAUUACGAGGAGCUCGCCGUACCCUCAUAG